AUGGGAAUCUAUACUAUAUUAUCUCUAGGAGCUUUUGCAAAAACCACAGCUGUUAUUGCCGAAGGUAACAAUAUAAAUUUUGUGAAGAACCAUCAACACAGGUUAAAUGUAGAACAACACCGUAGUCUUGCUGAUCAUUUACGGAAUGCUGCUAAUGUUGCAAAUGCUCAAGUAGGACGCACAGUUAUCUUGCCUUCAUCAUUUCAAUGUUCUCCUAGGAAUAUCCAUGAGAGCUAUCAAUACUCCAUGGCUAUUGUGCGAAUAUAUGGUCCUCCUGAUAUCUUCCUUACAAUAACCUGCGAUCCUAAUUGGCAAGAAAUUAGAGAGAAUUUACUUCCAGGCCAAACUUCAUCAGAUAGACUGGACUUGGUGGCCUGUGUAUUCAAUAUAAAGCUGCACGAACUCUUGAAUGACAUCAUUAAGAAACAUAUAUUUCGAAGGAUCAAUGCAUACUGCUACACCAUUGAAUUUCAAAAGAGGGGCUUACCACAUGCUCACUUGUUGAUCAUUUUGCACCCUGAUGAUAAAUUGGAUGAUCCUGAAAGAAUUAAUCAAAUUGUCUGUGUCGAGGUCCCAGAUCCUGUCACUGAACCCUUACUACAUGAAACAGUGAAAAGGUGCAUGAUUCAUGGGCCCUGUGGUAAUCUCAAUCCUGCUGCUCCCUGCAUGGAAAAUAACAAGUGUCUUAAAGAAUUUCCAAAGGUGUAUCAACAAGAGACACGGAUAAACCCAAAUUGUUACCCGUUGCGACGUCGAGGGGUAUUAGUUCGAGUUCGCAACCAUGCAAUAUACAACCGAUAUGCCGUAAGUUCAAUGUUCAUAUUUGUGUUGAGAUUUGUCUCUUCGUCUCCUCGGUGA